AUGAAAAUAAAAUAAAAUUCCGAAAAUAUUUUCAGUAGUUUUAUUAGAAUAACUAUGGCAUUAUCUCGAAUCUGGUGUCCCAAAGGUGUUAGAAAUAGCCUUCAAACACCAGUUGUUGUGUGGAAGCAAAUGACAUACCAAGUUGAGCCAAUCUUACCUCAUAGCCAGAUCUUAUGUGUGCAGAGAACAUUUGAACAUCAGAGCAGAGACAGGCAUCAAUUCUCAUGUUAUUCAACCAUUUCAACACACGACUCAUGGACCAGAACCAACCAUCCAGCAUUUAGAUACUUUUCAACAACUUAUCCCGCCUUUGUUGAUCAAAAAUCAACAGCCAGCAAGGACUCAGAUAUAACUGAAAAAGUAAUAGAAGCCAACGAGAGCAAAGAAAUUGAAGAAGCUGAAAAACCGCCCGGAUUAUUUAAAAGAUUUAAAUUAGCCUACAAGGAGUAUGGGAAGGUGCUAAUAGGAGUACACUUAGUCACGUCUGCCGUUUGGUUUGGAUCGUUCUUUUAUUUAGCGCAAGGGGGCAUAGAUGUGGUCAGCAUUCUAGAGAAAUACCAAUUCAACGAAACUUUGAUAAAACCAUUUAAAGGACCUGGUUUGGGUUACGUUGCUGUAGCCUACCUCAUGUAUAAACUGGCCACGCCCUUACGCUAUACAGUCACUUUAGGAGGUACCCAGAUAGCUGUGAAAUACCUGCGCCAAGCAGGCUAUCUCCCUCCUGUUGCACACCAGGACAAAAUUAGAAACCUAAUGAAAGAUGGACGCCAACAAUUAAAAGAUAAAUCCGCUGACUUAAAGGAUCAAUUAAAGGAAAAACAUGGAGACUUAAAAGAUCAGUUAAAAGAACGUAAAGAUUCUUUGAAGGACAAAAAGGAUGAAUGGAAAGAGAAAAUAAAAGAUAGGUCCUCUUCGCGUAAAAAUAAUCCUGAUUCUUGAAUGCUGGCAUAAACUUGAAUUCUAUGAUUCAUUUUUGAAAAUCAAAGUCAUUAAUAUAAUGACUGUAUAAUGUAUUGCCGGUUACCUUAUACAGGGUCCAUUUUUGGAGCCACCAUUACUUGAUGUUAUUACCAGAUAACUCAGGCAUAAAGCCUUUUUUACAACCGCUAUCCUCAGGAUAGGUAUCUUCCUCAAGCAUAGGAAAGCUAGCCCAGUUGAAAUGUAAUAGAAUAUAAAACAGGGGAACCAGGGAAAAGUUGAAAGACUGUAUAGGCUUAUAAGAUUAUUAUAUCACAACCAAAAUAAUAAAAAGUGGUUACAUAUUGUAAUAGCCACCAUUUUUGUGAUUGGUGUUUAGAGUUCAGCGUUGGUAUUUGUUCCUUCUUUAACCAUUUGCAAUUACACCUGUUUUGAAGUUAUUAGUCUAUGUUUAGGUAUUAAUGGGACAUGGGUGCUGGGUGCAGUAUGUCCAUGAAAUGCCCUCAUAUAUGUGCCAAUGUCCAUUAAAUGUGUAUGUAUUGCCAAAUAUUCCAUUGUAUAUCUGAUUUGGUGACUGUCCAGAUGAAUAACUCAUUCUGUUGAUUUAUUUUUGAUUUUUACAUGCAAAUGUAUGGAUACCAUGUCCAUGUGUAUACUGUUCAUUUACUUUUCUUUUUAACUGUACAAUGUAUCUCUUAAAUGUCAAUGAAAAUUACACAUAUUCCAAAUAAUCAAUGCGAAUGCGAAUGAGCAAAGAAUAAACAUAUGAAGUGAAUAUAACAAAGUGCUUUAAUAUAAGUAUUUAUUGAAGAA